CCCAGCAGCAGGCCCAACAGCAGGCCCAGCUCCAGGGCGUCCACGUCGCACUCCCCCGGCCGGCACAUGGGGGGCCGCUGCUCCUCGCCCACCCUGAGCAUCGCGAGCUCAACCACCUCCGGCGGCUUCAAGAAGUCCCCGCACCAGGGCGGCUGCAUGCGAGACAACCUGGCGUCCCCGCCGCACCACGCCCACCACUACUCGGGCGAUGCCGGUCCGUCGGGCUGCCAGUCCCAGGCGGGGCCUUCCGGCAUGCAGCUGAAGCGGUCCUCGUCGCGGCCAUGCAACGUGCCGGGCUGCACGCAGUGUGGGCCGUGCGCGCGCCAGCGGCCCCAGGAACACACGAUGGUGUACCGCGAGGACACGCUGGUGUCCGGGGCGCUGGAGGCCCUGAUCCGGCACGCCAUCCCGACGCCGGACUACUUCCCGGAGGACGCCUACCUGUUCGCCUUCCUGCUGUGCUCCAGACUGUUCGCCCCGCUCAACGACGUCCUGGUGCGAGUCAUCCGGGCCAUGGACCGGUGCAAGGACGAGCGGCGGUCCUCCAUGCUGGCCCGCAACGUGCUGCGCUUCCUGCGCGAGUGGACGGACAACUUCGCGUACGACUUCCGGGAGGAGUCCAUGAUGGCGCUGUGCAUCGACAUCACGCAGCGGCUGGUGGAGCUGCUGCCAGCGUGCCGCCGCGAGGUGUCGGAGCUGCAGACGGACCUGCUGGCCAAGCUCACGGCCGUCGAGACGUACGAGGAGUUCCUCAACCGGUGCGGCAGCGUGCGCUACGUCGAGUCGGUGGAGGAGCUGACGGCGGCACAGCAGGAGGACCAGGAGCCGGUGGCCACGCCCUGCUACCUCCUCCAAGGAUCUCGCACGGACGUGAUGGACAUGGUGCGGACGCCCACCAAGCUGGCCCACCAGCUGACCCACGUGGAGCUGGAGAGGCUGUCCCACAUCGGCGCCGAGGAGUUCGUGCUGGCCUUCAUGAAGGAGCGCGGCGUGUCCACCACCGGGGACGACGGCUCGGGCGCGCCCCUCAAGAAGACGCGCAGCAAGGAGGCGUACGAGGACUGGUUCACGCGCCUCAGCUACCUGGUGGCCACCGAGAUCUGCAAGCACCCCAAGAAGAAGCAGCGGCUGCGCGUCUUGGACUUCUGGGUGCAGACUGCGCGCGAGUGCUACAACAUCGGCAACUUCAACUCGCUCAUGGCCAUCAACGCGGGCCUCAGUCUGGCGCCGGUGGCGCGCCUCAAGAAGACGUGGUCCAAGGUGCACUGUGUCAAGUGCUUCACGGUACUGCAGAAUCUUAUGAGCAUGAGCGACAACUACAAGAGCUACCGUACUACCCUGGCUGCUGCAGUCAAGCGCUCCAAGCAGCAGAAUGUUGCUGCACAAGUACCUGGUGCGCAUCAGCCUCCAGAAGCUUCCAACGACUACAUUGUCGUGCCUUUCUUCUACCUCCUAGUGAAGGACCUUCACUUCCUGAAUGUGGGCUGUGCAGACAGACUUCCCAAUGGACACGUCAACUUCGAGAAGUUCUGGCAGCUAGCCAAGCAAGUGACGGAGUUCAUAGCAUGGAAGCAGGCUGUUUGCCCAUUCCCCAAAAACACAGAUGUUAUCAUGUAUCUUCAGACCAGUCCUCUUUUGACAGACAACGCUCUAGCUUUAGCAUCCUUCGAAUGCGAGGCUCCAGAUAAUGGACCUGAGAAAGAGCACUACAAGUCACUUAAGAAAUGAGAAGACUAUGAUAUUAGUUUGGAUAAUUAAACGAGGUUUUCUUAAGAACACUUCCCCAGUUAUGUUUCUUGGAUUACCGUACUAUAAAUUCUACACUGGGAAGGAAAGUCUUCAGGCAAACUUUGGAAUAUUGCUGAGUAAACAGCAUACAUACCAUGUUUUAUGUAUCUGUUUCUAUAACUCGUUUACCAUAUUUAUGAUGCUUUAACAUAAGACUAUUGUAGUUAAAUGUAGCCAGUGUUAGCAAAGGUGAUGUAUUGAAUUUUUUUCAUGGAAUAAUUUUAAGUUGUUCUCAUUAACUGGUUGUGACUACAAAAGGUAUAAUCAGUGGUUGUGUUUGUGUCCAAACCUAAACCCUGCAUCACUGGUUAUUGAUCACAAAAGACAAUGAAGAAGAACAGAAUUGCAUUGUAAUGUGUAAGUGAUUAACACUGGAGUGUGUAUGGGUGUGCCUAUGCCAAAUGAAAGUGUGUGAGUCAUUCUUAUGUUCCUUGACAAAAGAAGUUUCCAUCGCAGCAUUUUUGUUCUAAUACCAAAUAAUUAUGAAGGUUUCAUUCGCCAAUUACGAUGUUAUCUCAAUUUAGACAGCUGUAGGACUUAUGAACUUGUGAGGUUUGUGUGGGGCUAUAUUGUGUAUCUGAAGUAUUAUUGAAUUCCGUAUUAUUCCAAGAUAGAUAUUUUAACUGUACAGAACAUUGUAUUUAUGCUUUAAAACUAGGGUGGUUUUAAACUGAGUAGGCAUGUAUUGAAAAUUCUUAAACUAUUUUCUUUUUCAGAGAUUUAUCAGAACUUAGUGCAAAAUAUGCUACUGGUGACUCUAGUCAAUUUUAUGUAUUUUUCUGAUUGUGAUAGUUUAUAUUUUAGUAUUGCCUUUAACACUCGCUUUAUUUUGUUCUCAUCUUUUCAUGAUUUUCAGUUUCCGAUUUUGUUUGUGUUCUUUCUUUGCUGUCUCUGUCUUCUCCCUUGUUUUGUUUGUGUUGCUUGAUUUCUGCCCCAUGUGUAAAAUUUGUCUCAAGUAAUAUUUCAUAACCUGAAUAUUUUUUGUGACUUGACUUGUCAGUUUUCGUUCUGUCUGUGUUGUCUCUUGCUGUUUUUAUCAUCAGGCCAAACUUUAAUCAAGAAGUUCUUAUGAGAGACUGGAUCUCCAUAUCUUGCACACAUAUUCAUUUCCAGUCUGCAUAUUAGGUAUUUUGACACGAUUUUCCAGUCAUCAUUUGUUGUUGAUCCAGAUUCUCUUCAUGUGUGUGUUUCAAAACAUGUCUUACUCAAAUUUUAUAUUUAAAUAAUGGUUACUUUGAGACAUUUUGAGUGUUUUGUAGAAUGUCUAUGUGGCUUGUUUUUUCUUUUCUUUUUAAAUCAUGUGUUUAGCAUACUUUUUUUCCCAGCAACUCAAGUGCUUACAAGGUAGCCUUUUUUUCUCCUUUUUGAAAAAAAGGAUCUAAGAUUUCUAGUACCAAUGUUAACCAAUGACAAUUAAUUUGCUGCAUUCCUUGAAGGGCUUUGCAAAACUGUUGUAUCUUUGAACAGUAUAUUUUACUGUUACUGGACACGCUAUGAUGCAUCAGAUUUUGUUCCAAACAUGUAGACUGUUGUUCAUUCCUUUUAUUUUGUGAAACUAAUGGGGUUGUCUGUUGUUGAUAAGAGUCAAAAUAUUUUGUUGUGCCAACUCUACUCACGCAGGAUAUCCAAGUGGUUUCAUGACAUUCCACUGAGAAUUACCCCAAAGAGUUUUGAUGUGUUCUUACAGUAAGGUCCAAAUGUCAGAAAAAGAUAUCAGAGCCUCUCCUUGAAAAGGCUUUAAGAUAUUAAUGACUUAUUUGUACAGCUUGAUUGCUAUAAAUUAAUGCCCACAGGUUGACUGAAGAGUAUUAGUGCAGGUCAUAAAUGCACUUAAGUUGAGAUGUUGUUUGAAAAGAGGAACACAAUUAGUUAUGAGGUUUUGACUAAGUUUUUUUGGAAAAUUGGCACUAGUAUCCAGCAGAUACUUUAAGAAUGAGGUCUGUAAAGGUGUGCGUGAAUGAGACUGUAUGGGUUUGUUUUAAGAAUAUACUGUGGCCUCAUAUGGCCAAGUGAUUAAGGUAUUUGACGAUCACAGCUGUUGAAAAGUCAAGUCUUGUACCUAACUUUUAGGUCUUAUUUAACUAUAGGUAUAAGCAAGUCAUUAUUCUAGUCAUUUAUUUUUGUACCUAUUGAUUUUAAUGAGUAUUUUGAACAUUCUGCAAUCAUAGACCCGGCAGUAACCAGUGCAAUGCAGAGCAAUGGAAAUGUUCUGUGCCUCUUGAGGUCACUCCAGAACUGAAAUUUGAACUGAUUGUUAGGCUCAAUGUUUGAUUUGACAAAGAUGAGUAGCACUUUCACUUGUACUCUGUACAAGCAAAAUAGUUAACUAAUGGGUCAUUAUUUUGAGCUGUUCUUAAGUGCUUUCUUUUCAAUCACAUAACAUCAUCUACUUUAUUAAACUUAUCAAAAGAAUCUUCCACCUCUAAUUUCAAUUUUCUCAGUAAAAUCUAAAUUUAAUUUUUUUCCUCACUUAAGUGAGUUUGUGUUCUAGUGUUAAAUUUAAUUAAUGCCUAAUUGUUGUCCCGUAGUGCUGCACUUAAUUUGGUUCAGAAAAUAUAUUUGUUUUUGCUUUUUAACCAUACUUUAUUUAUUACCUGGCUGUGCAUAACUCAGCAGAGGGCAACCCAUUUUGUUUACUCUUUUAAGUUACCACCUUUUGUCAUGAAAGUGACUUAAUGUUCGUGAAAUUUACUUUUGGAAAACUUAUAAUAUUUGUUUUGUCGUUUCAAUUUUUCUGUAGGCAGAUGGAAUUAUGAAAGUGGGUGUGAAUACUGCUUAUUUGUUUUGUUUGUUUGUCCUGUUUACUUGUUAUUUUGUUUUGUACCUGAAACACAUUCAGAAUAACCCUUCUUAUUCUUUUCUUUGGUACUCUACCCAGUUAUAAGUUACGUCUUUGUAUGUCCUGUGCGUGUUUAUGUUGUCAAUGUUUAGUACUUAGGUCUAUGGUUCUUAAGAAGUUCAAAACUCAUAUACUUUAACCAAAGCAAGAUAGUAGAUGAGUUCCACUGUUCUAGAUUACUUCACUUGUAGAAAGGCAAAUUCUUAACUGGUUCCUGUUACAUCUCUUAUCUUGCCUUUCUAAGUACUGUCCCCUUUUAUUUGUUAAGUGUAUUCUCUUGUGAGUCAUUCAUUUAUGGAUGGACAAGCACCCAUGCAUAAAAGAGUAAAAGAAAAUGUAACCAGAUGA